AUGGCUCCCACCGUUGAAGUAUCAACAGGUACUCAUUUCUCUCAGCUAGAAGUUGCUGCAGACUCUCAAGGAGGUAUAGGCCUCUCUAAAUCUAUGUACGAUAGCACGGCGUCAUCUCCAAGGGUAAACCAAACGCCUUUAUUAGAAGCAGUAAGUUUAGGAGCAAAUACCUCAUCUGAAGAAUCAUCUGAUAAAGCUCAAUCAAAAGGCAUUCGUGAUUCGAGGCAUUUUCCACUGCAAGUUGUUGCUGAUAAAGAAUCUGCAGAUGAUAUUGGCCCACAACGUACUACACUCCUUCCUCUUCCAAGACGAAGACUUGCAGGAUCAGGGCGCCAGGCUUCAUCUAUGAUUGAAUGUCCUGAGGCUUUUCGGUUAUCCUCCCGUCCUGUAUCUCCUUCUCCUCUCCUUUCUGUCUCUAGUCUCUCUUUGAUCGACGCUGAUCAACCAGACACCAAACUCCAUCAAUUGAAACACUCUUCAACAGUCGCAAGCCCAACAUUUUCCUUCCAGCUCGAGGCAGGAUGUAUCCUAUCUAAAUCAGAAGUAGAAACUGUCCAACGGGCGCUAGAGUAUGUUUAUUAUCUUCGUUUAUCAUUUAUCUGCCUACACAGUGGAAGAUGA